GUUACUCAACCCUGUAGACUAGCUUUCAUACAUGAAUUUUUGAGUGCUACACGUGUUGUGUUCUUCAUUACUUGAUCAUUGGUCAAGGUUGACAACAAAAGGAUAACCACCAUCCCGCAACAACAUUGGACCUGAAGAAUUGAGAAAGCGAAACAAUAAAGGCCGACGAUGGCAGGCAGGGGUAGGAGAAAAAAGUGACAUAAAUAGUCGGUGUGUAUAGUGGCCAUUAACUAUUGAUGAUAAACGCUCAUCUAAGUUCGCAAUGCGGAAUGGUACGGGCUGCCUUGUUCUGGUGGCCAUUCUGUCGAUUGGAUCCGUUAGUUCGCGAUUUGCCGGGUCUAGGAAUACAAAGUUCAAUAGGAGCAGCUAUUUCAAUACACAACGGCAUCUACGACAACGACAAAUCUCCGAUAACGAAGUGGUGAAGGAUAAUGUGGAGACGUUUAUUGAAUUAGUGUCUCAAGCCGGAUAUGAAGCGGAGGAGCAUGAUGUUACGACCGAGGAUGGGUAUAUACUGUCGGUACAUAGAAUAACAAGUGGUCCGAAGGCACCCGCUGCUAAUGGAAAACCUGCGGUUCUUCUGCUUCAUGGACUCCUCGCGGCGUCCGACGUUUGGGUCCUGCGAGGAGCUGGACGGGAUCUCGCUUUUAUGCUGGUUGAUGAGGGCUAUGAUGUCUGGGCACUGAACACACGCGGAAACUUUUACUCGAGGCGGCACGAGAGGCUGUCCCCGGAUGACGCAAAAUUUUGGAGAUUCAGUUGGCACGAAGUCGGAACUUACGAUACAGCAGCAACAAUCGACUACAUGUUAUCAUUAACUGGACAGUCCCAAGUAUCCCUGGUGGGACACUCAAUGGGUGGCACAGUGGAACUGGUUCUUUUAUCAAAACGACCUGAGUACAAUUUGAAGGUGAAUGUGGUCCUGCUGUGGGCACCAGUGGCGAUUAUCACGCACACUCUUCCCGGUUUCUUCCCCACCGUUGGAAUUCGAUACGGGAAUCAAAUCGAGGAAGCCCUUCGUUUGCUCAAUCGACACGAACUCUUUCCUCGAAAUUCUCUCAACAUGAGCAGUUAUGCGAGAUUGUGCCAGAGCAGGAGCACCCAAUCAAUUUGCCAGACAAUAGUGCAGUAUCUCACCGGUUUGACUAACUUCGAGGCGUUUGAUAUUACAAUGCUGCCGCGCUUGCUGAAUCAUUACCCUCAAGGAACGUCUAUGGACACAUUCAUUCAUUAUCGACAAAUAACGAUCAGUGGAAAAUUUCAACAAUUUGAUUUUGGACCGAUGGGAAAUUUAUUCAAAUAUCAGAGUUUAAAACCACCGGAAUAUCCACUUGAUAAAAUAUCAGCUCCAUGUUAUCUCUACUAUGCGUCGAACGAUCCAUUCACUACGAAAACGGAUAUCGAUGCGGUGAGAAAGAAAUUAUCAAAAACAACAGUGAGAGAAAUUCAACAUUCGAAAUUCAGUCACCUCGACUUUCUUUUCCUCAACGAAACUGGAAGAUUUUUAUACGACGAUGUCAUCGAUGUCCUGAAAGACUACAACAUCGAUUUCAAUGGAACACAGAAUGUUAUUAAUGCAUGAAUAAUUUUCAUUAAUAAUAAUUCAGAGAUUGUAAAAUGUGGAGACUGUGCCAUUAACUUGUUAAUACUCAAACUACCUCUGUAGAUAAUACGUAUUUAUGACAAUAUUUUGUAUCGUUUAUGAAUAAAUGAAACUUGAAAUG